AUGCUCACGCGGGUGAAAUCGGCGGUGGCCAAUUUUAUGGGGGGUAUGAUGGCUGGCGGCGCCAACGGAGACCAUCCCGGCGGCUCGGAUCUGCCGCUGAAAUUCCCGUACAGCAGACCGGAGUUCCUGGGGCUCUCGCCGGACGAGGUGGAGUGCUCGGCGGAUCACAUCGCGCGACCGAUCCUCAUACUGAAGGAGACCAAGCGGCUGCCGUGGUCCACCGGCUACGCUGAGGUGAUCAAUGCAGGAAAGAGCACAUUAAAUGAGGACCAGGCCUGCUGUGAAGUGCUGGUGGUGAAAAGGAGGCCAGCAGGAAGCUGCACUUCCAACCGGACCCCCUUGACCCGCAGGAGGUCUUCCCUGCCUAAUGGAGAGGGCCUGGGCCUCCGGGAGAGCCUGGACAGCUCUGAAGACCUAACCUUCCACUACUGGGCUUUGUUUGAUGGCCACGCUGGCUCUGGGGCGGCUGUAGUAGCCUCCCGCCUUCUCCAUCACCACAUUGCCCUGCACCUUCAGGAGGUGAUGAAUAUCCUCUGCACUCCGAACCUGCUGCCCCCCACAUGCCUGUGUGAGGAACCUAUCAAUCACCACCUCACCCCGACGUCCCAGCGCGCCCUUACCAGGGCCGCCUCUCUCCGGGGCGCCGCAGGGGCUCCGGGUUCCCCCAGCCCCCCACCCACACGCUUCUUUACUGAGAAGAAAGUUUCACACGAGAGCCUGGUGAUUGGAGCCAUCGAGAAUGCCUUCAAAGACAUGGAUGUACAGAUAGAAAAGGAGAAGGCAGUUUACAACAUCUCGGGUGGCUGCACUGCCCUGGUGGUCGUCUAUUUACUCGGGAAGCUCUUCGUUGGGAACGCUGGGGACAGCAGAGCUAUCAUUAUCCGGGCCAAGGAAGUCAUCCCCAUGUCAGCAGAGUUCACACCAGAGUCGGAGAGACAGCGACUGCAGUUCCUGGCCUACAUGCAGCCCCACUUAUUAGGGAACGAGUUUACACAUCUGGAAUUCCCGAGGAGAGUGCAGAGGAAAGAGGUCGGGAAGAGGAUGCUGUACCGUGACUUCACCAUGUCGGGAUGGGCGUAUAAAACCAUCGAGGACGAUGACCUCAAGUUUCCCUUGAUCUACGGCGAAGGCAAGAAGGCUCGUGUGUUGGCGACCAUCGGGGUCACAAGAGGUCUCGGGGACCACAGUCUCAAAGUGCACGACUCCAACAUCUACAUUAAGCCCUUCCUGUCCUGCUGCCCAGAGGUCAGAGUUUACCCACUGGCGCAGUGCGAGCAUGGAGCUGAUGACGUGCUGGUGCUGGGAACUGACGGUCUGUGGGACGUCCUCUCCAACCAGGAAGUAGCUGAAGCAGUCACCUGUUUCCUGGCAAACUGCGACCCCGACGACCAGCACAGAUACACGAUGGCAGCUCAAGACCUCAUAAUGAGGGCACGAGGGGUGCUGAAGGAUCGCGGCUGGAGGAUAUCCAACGACCGAUUAGGCUCCGGAGACGACAUCUCUGUCUACAUCAUUCCCCUCAUGUACGGCAACAAGCAGAAUUAGCCCAGCAACGUAACUACAACCACCACCAAAAUAUAACCCUGCCUUUAAGUCCCAGCUUCAGUUCUGCAUUUUCCCACAUUGCUUGUGCUCCGUUUUUAAAGUGCUUUAGUGUGGACUUCCUCUAUUGCUGAGGGAUCCGAGACGUUUCUGGUCAGAGAUGGGAUUUUGGUCCAGGCCGUUUUCCUCUUGAUCAUCUGAGGAUGAUCUUAUCCCUUCUGCUUGUCUGGUCUUUUUUUUUUUUAUAUAUAGAGAAAAAAAAAAAAGAACACUGGAGAAACGAAUCAUGAAAAGUUGAACUACUGAUUUUUCUUCCCCCAGUCUUGGAAUUCUGUAUUUCACUGAAGAAGCCAUCAUUAGCCCUGUCGUGGAGAAAUGCAAAGGUUGAGAGCAUGUACUCUCACGGAUGAGAUGGUAAUAUGCUUCUCAGGAUUGCUGUUACUAGCUAAUGCACAAUAUUUAUAAAUGUGAAAAUGUAAAUACUCCCAGGCAUAACACAUUUGAUAAGUGUGUUUGGUUAAACACAUGUACAGUGUAAAAAAAAAACUAACCCAAUGAGACUGAUGUCGUGUAUAUAUGAAUCAUACCUCCUCUGUUCCAUGUAGGCUUUUAAGGUAGCCACGUUCAGUCAUCUGUAAUUGUUGCGUCUGUUGUAGGAAGGAAAAAAAACGUGUAGGCCUUCUAUAUAUAGUACGUCAGCUGGUUCUCCUAUCGCUGCAGCUGUUAUUUUUGUUUAUCCGUACCCCUCGCGUGGCAAUACUGUAGUCACCAUUAAUGAAAACGGCUUCCUUUGAAAGUGAAGAAACACAUUUAUGAAGAACACACAAACAGGAGGAGUCCUGUUUACCCUGCUUACAACGUCUCAUUAUACUAUUAAAUUAGCCCGGCUUCUACGUUAAUUCAGAUUUUAGGACGGAAAAAAAAGUCUUGCUGUUGCACUUUUUCACAAUCAGCCAUCUACCUCAUAAUUUUCUUCUCUCGUCAUUGUCCUCUUUAAGUGGCUGUUUGAACGCGACAUUGGGUGCAUCCUCAGCUGCUACCCGUGCCAUUAUUUAGUUUACAUGCUGAUAUUUGCUGCUGUAGCCGCAAGACCAUGCCCAAUGUCUUGCACUCAUUUCACCUUUUCUCAGUAUCAAUUCAAUAUAUUGUCCCCGUUCAGAUAAACUCCUCGUUGUGAAUAGCAGGUGCCUCUAACCAUGAGAAUUGUUCAGGUUUUUACACGUGUCAGUUUAAAGGAAGUAUAAACAAGACUAUCGUUGCAGACAAUUAAAUAGACAACACUUAACCUUUCUGUGUCUCUACAAUCAAAAUUGUUCCCUGGUUCAUGGUUUUCCACGUUUUAGUUCGGUCGUACUUUUUGGCUUCUACUAACUGUGCACAAAUGUUUUAUCUGACCUGCUGUACGAGCAGUUUAAGCUAGUGAAUCAUGGAACAGAGUAACUUAAUUUAAAUGUAAAAAUGUAAAUAACUUUUUCAGUGGACUCUUCUCUCCUCCUUUUACUGUAAGUGAUGUACAUCUUGCCGAAACAAAAAAAAAAAAAAAAAAAGUCAUUUGUACCGUUGUGGAAACCUGGGAACAGUGUAAGAAAAAAAAGAA